CUGCUGGCGACACUUGUUUAGGGGGAAGGAAACCCUGAAACGAGGCACCCCAAGUCGCCCACACCCUAAAGCAGUGAUUCCCAACCGGUGUGCCGCGGCACCAAGGGGUGCCGUGAGAUCUUUUGAGGGUGCCGCCAAAAUUCAGGGGAAAAAAUUGCAUUAACUUCACUCUCUCUGCUUCUGCUGCUGCUGCACAAUUUAGCGAUCGAAUUUUCAACUUAGCUACUUUUCAUUGAAUUUGUAUAAUAAUUUGUACUUAUGGAAAAUUACAAUCUAGGAGAACAAUACUAAUUAUAUGAUUUUGCUGUGUAAUAAUUGUACGGACACUGGAGAGAACAGCUUGGCGGGAGAGUGGGAGGGAGGGAGGGGAGUGAGGGUUGUAGACUGACGCGUAUGACACACGUACAGGGCAGGGCGCACAGCGAGUCGCCACUGGCCAGAGCCCAGAAUGUCUCAGUACUGAUUGGUGACGCAAAGGAAGCAGAAGGUAUGACAUAUCCUCCUCCCUCAGCUCGUUAGCAAUACAUAGGCUACCUGGUAUGUAUUGCUAACUAGCUGAGUUCGUGAGUCGUUUGUUCAUCUUUUUCUAAAUAUGUAUUUCCUUAUAAGGGUGCCGGGAAGUUUUGAAAGGCUUGCCAAGGGUGCCGCAAACUAGAAAAGGUUGGGAACCACUGCCCCAAAGGAAGAAGCCGAACACAUCAGGCAUUACAUUGGAUGUCACACGCGGCGUACUGGCAACAAACAACCCAUGCCCUGGACUAAAUUUUUCCAAGAAUGUACGUGACGUGACCAUCUUCCUUGGAUCAGUGAGGUGGCGGCGUGAGGGUGUGUGCACUACUGUGCAGGCUUCAGGAGGAAACAGAGGAAGAUGUCUCACGGCCAGCAUAUGACUGAGGAGGCAGAGGAGGAGGAGACAGUUGUUAGAACAGGACUAGUGUCCUCCCGAAAUGAAGCUGCCAACGCCGCUGCCAACCGUUACCAUGAUGGAUGUUCCGGGUUCUUGCUGGAGACGCCUGCAGAGAGGAUAGGGCGCCGGCGCUCUCAUCUGGUCGUGUACACCACUACAUUCGUUAUGUCUAUUGGCUUUUCCAUCGUACUGACUGGCGUCUGGCCUUAUCUACGCCAGCUGGAGCCCGGGGUGUCCAAGGAAAUGUUGGGCUGGGUGAUCGCCGCCAACCCGCUGGGCCAGAUGAUCGCCUCGCCGCUCAUGGGACUCUGGGGUAACCGGACCGGGUCCAACAGAGGUGCCUUCAUAGCUACUGUAGCCAUAUUCUGCAUAGGAAACUUCCUCUACGCUGUGCUGAGCUUGUUUGGCUCUGCUGCCCGUGCCGUUAUGAUCACCUCACGCUUCAUUGUCGGCAUCAGCUCAGCUAACAUCGCUAUCAUCCGCUCCUAUAUAUCUGCUUCCACCACUGUAAAGGAGAGGACUGCUGCUGUGAGCUUCACCUCUGCUGCUCAGGCUACAGGAUUCAUCAUUGGACCUGCCAUUCAGGCAGCAUUGGCUGUGGCUUUUUCCAAGGAUACAAGUGGGGUCACAAAUUCAACAGCUGUGGCUAACAUGACAGAGGCAGAGGAUGAGGAUGAGACUUCAGUUAGUAACCUGGAGAUACAGUGGAAUAUGUACACAGCCACAGGCUGGAUUGGCUGCUUCCUAGGACUCAUUAACUUAAUCCUCUUCCUUCCCUGCAUUUUUAAGGAGCACAACAUUGCUACCAAAGAAGCCCACUUCCAAAAGUGUGCUGCCAAUGAUGAAACAUCAAAGUUACCAAAACCAGAUUAUAUUGGCCUUUCUGGGAUUCUGAUCACUUUCUUUAUAAGUGUGAUGAUUUACGUGCUAUUGGAGACUAUAAUGGUUCCUAUGUGCAUGGACUUAUAUGCUUGGACAGAUGAAACAGCAGUAAUGGUUGUAGGUAUUGCACUUUGCAUUGCAGCUUGUUUAUGUCUCAUAGUCUUCAUUGUCAUAGGUUGUGCUGCAAAAAUAAUAGAUGAGCGACUUAUUUUAAUUAUUGGGGGAGUGUUGUCAAUGACAGUAGGGUUGGUUAUUUUCAUCCCUAUGGGUAAUACUUAUCCAAAGAUUAAAAACUGCACCUCAGUUGAUCCUUUGCCAGAACAUUUUAAUGAAUCACAAGGUACUUUUCAUUCCUUCCAGUUAGUAGUACCUCUUGAUCUUAAUCCGGGCAAUGUCAACAACAUGACAGAAACUCGUGAUACAAGAGUCAAAUCUAUAUUUCAGUUUAAUGAUACUGAAGCAUUGGCAAGUGAUUUAGUAAAUAAUUUGGAUGACAGUGUCAUGACUUUAAGGAAUGCAACUGUUGAGUCUAUUGUUAAAACUACAGAUGCAAGUAAAGUACCCACUCGUAUAGCACAAGAGAAUGACUCGAUUACCCGAAUCCUGAGACGACAGAGGCGGCAUGUGUCUCUUGAUGGAGACUGUGAAGACACUGGCUGUCCUCCUGAACAAGAAUGGUGCUUGUAUACACCCAUUAUAGAAAUCCCUCAGCUUGCAGUUGCGAGUGUCUUUUCAAUUAUUGGUUAUCCGGUUACCUUUUCAAUUGCAAGUGCCUUAUUCUCAAAAAUAUUAGGACCCAAACCACAGGGGGUUUGGAUGGGAAUCUUAACAAGCACAGGUAGCUUGUCUAGGGUAAUUGGUCCAAUUUUUGUCUCCUACAUUUACACUGAGCUGGGAACACGAUGGACCUUCAUUUUAUUAUUAUGUCCAAUGUUUUUUACUCUUUUGCUUGAUCUCAUAAUAUACAAAAGACUUGUUCCUAUGAAUGUGGUUAGAAGAAGGUAGUAGCACAUUAUAUGUGGUAAGCAUAUAAUUGGAGCGAUGAAUUUUCUAUCAUUUUAAUGCUCAGGAUUAGGAGUUUGUAAUGUAUACAUAGUGUAUGGAUAUUAAAUUCAAAACCCAGUUCUGUGAUAUGUCAUCAAAUGAGGAAUAGCAUUAGCUACAUGGCUUAGUAAACUAAAUAUUUAAAUUGACUAGACAGUGCUUCAAAAUGCAGAUGAAACCUCCCUUUACUGAAAGCAGAAUAAUACUUCACUUUAAGUUGCAUAGGGAUGAAUAUUGAUUCUCCAAGGUAUGAGUCACUGUAAGAUUGAUGUUUUACCUGUGGAAAAAAUCCAUAAUCAUUCCUAGUGCAGUUGGUAUGUAUUAUAUGUAUGUCAUUGGUAUGAGCUACAUCCAUUUGGAAAUAAUAGUUGUGCAAGAGGGUGUCAAGAAAAAGAGCAUAAUAAUAAAAUAAGUAUGAAAACUAAUUUCUUGAAAUGAAUAAAGAUGUAUAGAAAGCAAUACCAACCCUAGUGCAUCAGGAUUACCAUCAUAUUCAGCACUUAGCCUACACUUGUAUUUACAGAACCAAACCCUCUCCACCACACAACAAUGUAACUGUUCCAACCCUAGAGAGGGAAAAUCCCAAUGUAAGGCAGCUUUCUUACCAAAGUGGCAAGUCACACAUUGUAUGCCACUUGAAAACGAACCUCUACAAAGAAGUCAGACCUUUCCCACAGGAGUAGUAUGACACAUCGCAUGUGCCACAUACAACUAUUGUCGGUUCACCCGAGUCCGAGUAUCCUUCUGCUGCAAUAAGAUAUUCACAAUGGUUACCAGAUUACAUAAGGUGUCUUUACGCAUCUAGAAAAACUGCUGAAACUUCUUGUCAUGCAGCUCCUAUUGCCUUACAACUACAUAGGCAACGUGAACCCCAACGUUCUCUUUCAUGUAUCCAGCACCUUCUUUUCCUUACGUGUUCUUCAGCUAGGUGACUACAGCACCGAUCAGAGUAACUAUAUCUGCCUCAUCCUCCUGCCUCAUCCUCCGAUGAUGUCAUCUUGCGAAUUGAGCAGUGACAUGCGCCACAUGUCAAUUUGGUGUGAAAGAACCAUGCCGCACGUCACUUACCACUUGCCUCCUGCUACUUGCCACGUACAGUGUGCCACUUUGGUGUGAAAGCUGCCUAAGUUAUUCACAGUUCCUUGUGCCUGCUGGAAAUGCCUGAUGCUCUUGAGGUGGCCCUUGUAUGGAGUGUGAAUAGAGCCUUUAGUUACGUCAUAUUGAAAAACUUACAAUACCCUCUCGAGUUUCGCGCUAUCCGAGUUUCGCGAUCCUCGAGUUUCAUGCUUAGUCCUAUAUUCUCACGAUCCCAAUUCGCGCAUUACAGCCCUGAGUUUCAUGGUUUCGCGCUGCCUUGACAUGUAGAGGUCAUGUCUACCUACAGUUGGCGUCAUAUGCGCUGCCUUAACCUGUAACCUGCGGGACCGUUUUCAAGAAGUAGUCCGUCAGUGCAGCUUAUAAUAGCCUCAGAACGACCAUUUCAAAUUGAUACUUUACCCAUAUCAACGGAUUGGUUUCAUGAAUGUGCAGAUGACAAUUAUUAUUUUUUUCAAUAAAACCGUGAAUGUGAUCAGUUAUUUUAGUCAUAAAAUAAAGAUGCUAGAUAUGAGAAGUAUCUCUACUCGUUACGGCUGAAAAUACUGGGUUCGUUUAAGCCUAUAUGGCUUGCGGAAGCAGGUAAAGGCACUUAACCCUUUCCUUGCUCGCAGUCUGGAUGCGACUAUCCCCUCAGGUGCAGUCGGGGAGCCCAAUGGGGGGGUUCUUUUAACCUCUGUAUCUCAAAAACUAUUCAUCACAACCAAAAACACCACUGGAAAGAGGAGGUCCAGAUCUAUAGGAGUUGGUUAUGUAUGCCUCUCUUGCAAACAUACAUGCACGUUCAGGGAGUGUUGAAUGUUAACACUUACAUCGGUGCGUGCAGGAUGAUCAGCCAUAUUGAGGUAACUGCAGACUCUGGCAAGGGAGUAUUGCCAACUGCAAUAUUUACAACUAUUUGGUCAAAGAAUCAGUCAGGUGAUAGGUGAAGCUAUGCAAAAAUGCCACUAUAUUGGGCAAGAACAUCCACCAGUUACUCGUCUGUAGAUUUGCUGCGCUGGGCUGAUAUGAUUUUCCACCAAAUUUAGUGGAGAACCCACUCAAUUGGCAAUCCUGUGUUGUGAGAAUUAGUGUUGGAACACUCUCAUACGCUGGAGAUUUGAGUGCGGCUGGAGCUCGCAGCGAGCCUUUAGCGCCACCAGCAAAUACGCCUAACACCCACUGCAAGUGUUUAGCAAUGAAAGGGUUAAGAGAUUAGCAAGGCAGUUAGAUCUUCUUGGAUGUAGCCACCCUGCCAGGUGUUUUCAGAUUCUUUGAAGGGGUGUAGUUGUAUGUUUGUUUGUCUGUGUGUGUGUGUGUGUUGAAAGGGAGUUUUUCUCUCUCUCUCUCACACACACAAAAAAGUAACAACGUAAAAGUGUAUAAGGUCAUUUGAAAAGAAGAGAGAGAGAGAGAGAGAGAGAGAGAGAGAGAGAGAGAGAGAGAGAGAGAGAGAGAGAGAGAGAGAGAGAGAGAGAGAGAGAGAGAGAGAGAGAGAGAGAGAGAGAGAGAGAGAGGUAAAGUAAGAAAACGAUAAGGGGAUUAGAAGAAAAAGAGGGGGAGGAGGAGGAGGAGGUGGUGGCCUAACUGACCUACCUCACCUGCCUUCGGCAUAGGUCAGGUUAAGUUGCCAGGUGUCUCCUUAAUAAUAACUUCGUUAAAAAAUUGCUAAAACACAUCGGUCAAUUUGGGCUGGCUAGCACCUGACUACCAUCUGCCCUAUAGGGCAGGGUAGCAUCCCAUGGAUUAAAGGCAGUGUCACACUGACCGUUUUCAUCUAACCAUUGGGGCUACGGGCAACCAGGGUUGCCCGUAUGCCCAACUGGAAGCGAUUUGUAGGUUGUCCGUAGGAAUGGGAAACGGCAGUGACAUCUCAAGUAAUGGACGACGGACUCUUUUGAUUUUGCGGCGCCCUUGUCAUUAAGCCUCGAAUUUUGGAAAAUCAAUCGCUUUGGUGCGAAUCGCUAUAACUCCCUUAUUUCUGGGGCUACAGAAAUGUUUUUGGUAUCAAUCAACAGCAAAAUUGCAGCACGUGAAAUGAGUCAGAUUUGGCGCAUUUUCGUCGCAACUUCUGGUCAAGCUCGAGCAAAAACUACUGAAGCUAGGAAGGCGUGCUUGGUGACAAAUGAAAGCUCUAUUAAUACAGAUUAAUAAUCAGAAAAAAAUUGGAAAGCACUAAAUAAAUAAAAAAAGUUAUAAGCAAAAAACUAGGACAUAUCCAAAUCGCGGCAAAUGGGCCGAAAACAGGCAAUUUUGUGACAGCUUGACGACAAAUUUGGAAUCAAGCUAUCAAAAAAUCCUUCAAGCUAGUCAAACUACAUUGUCAAGGGGGGCUACAUGCCAAAUUACAGCCUUCUAGAGGCAAUAGCAAUGUCACACUAGACAAAAACGGCAAAAUGUCUGGAGUUCGUCAAAAUCGCUCUCAAGUCGUUUUGCUGGGGAAUACACAGCAGGAAAAACAUUAAUUUGCCUGGUUUUGUUCUAGUUUGUCCACUUGUGAUCUUUGUGAGCAGUGAGUGAAAUAUGGAAACAGGAAGCAAGUUGGACCUCUCUUUGAGCUAUUUUGUGGCUGCGGCAGCGGGUAUAGACAUACAUGAGGCAUUGAAAAGUCAAUCAUUAUAUUAGUGAUUUAAUAAUUUGUGACAGAAACAGUCAGCAGAUUAUUUCAUAACACAUCGAAAACUACCAGAAAAAAUAGGUUCGUCCAACAGUGUCCCAUGGGCGACGUUCUGUAAAAUUUCCCAGUUCUUUGACAAGGUUUGAGCAAACACUCCUAUCCUCCCGUCUUUGAAGCCAUAAUUGUGCCCACAACUGCUUCUUCCUUCCAUUUAACUGCAGCAACGAGUCCAUAACUUGGGUAACGGUUGCAUAAGCCAUGACAGCCCUUACUUUAGCAGACGAAGCCACGUGGAUACAGGGCGACUGUUUUCUUUACAGGCAACCAACCUUGGCCGUAUGUGACGCACGCCCGGAAAAGUUGGAGUGCCGGUGGUUGGAGGAAAAAGGUUCAGUGUGACACCAGCAACUGAUAAUUCGCUCCCGGUUGGCCGUAUGAGCAACCACAGUUGCCCGUAGCCCCAACGGUUGGAGAAAAUCAAUUAGUGUGAUACUGCCUUAAGGCAGCGAGGCUGCUGAUUGAGUGAGCGCCGUCGAUGACGUCAUCGGACUCACAACGCAUCACAAGCGUGUUUUCAGAACUACCAGACAAUCAUAAAGCAGCAGUCUUCAAUUGCGGCUCCAAAACGACCAGUUCUCACUUCCCAUUUUCUUCCUUUUACCACGGUAUGUAUUUUGAGAUAACAAGCAAGUAAAGUAAAAAAAAAAAAAGGCAGUUUCUCCACGGGUCGGAACCAAUAAGCGCUUUAUCAUUGUUUUCAAUACCCCAAGUUUCACGAUUCUCGAGUUUAGCGCUAUAUAUCUUCAGAACAAAGCAAGCGCGAAACUUGGGAGGGCACCAUAGGUCAUCCCCUCAUCCCCUUGGACCCCCCUAGUCUCUGCUAGACACCACGUGAUCUCUAGCAGGGACUUGGGGGGUCCAAGGGGAGGGGGGUGAUGGGCCUCUUGGCGUGAGAUGGCGGAAUGCGAGGAGGGGUGAGGGCCUGGGCCCCUUUGCGUGAGACAACGGGACAUUCCAAGCAGUAACGGCUUCUGGCGGUACUUAUAAUUAAUUACAAUACUUACACUACUUUUUGCUUCCUAAUUUCUAUUUUGCAGUCCUUAAUUAAAUGCUGGCAUUACAGAAUGUUGUCAUCAAAUUUAUAUGAGAACAUACUUUGUAAAUUUCUCAAGUAUAUAAAAUUUUGGGAUAAAUCUGAUAAAAACUAACAAUGAUGUUGAAUGAAUGAUAAAAACUAACUGAAUGAAUGACUGAAAACCCCACCUGUGUUUUGGUGGUAGACUGGAGGAAAAUAAUGAGGGGUUCUACUAAUGCCCUGGUGCUUCCUGUAAAGGGGGGGGAGGUAGGCUUUCCAAUAAGAUUUCCUAAAACUGUAUGAAUGAAUGGUGACGACCGUCCUCAGUGUCAAAGUCUGGCCAGUAUGCCGGGCAGUAUGUAAAUUCUUUGGAAUUUCUGUUGAAUUUUAUCUUUUGUCUACCUCAAUUUUGUUUUUUAUUACUACAUGGUGGUACAUUAAUUAAUUGAAUUGUCUGUCUGUUGUUUGCUAUAUGUAUACAAUGAUAAGUCAAAAUAUAUAUCUUUGUUAUUACAAUCAGAA